CUCUGGCCUGGACCGAGUCAGUCAGUGUCGCCUCGUGCCCUAGCGGAAAACAGCAGCAGGUGUUCCGCAUCUCAACCUACUCGCCGCCGCCGCCCGCCGCCGUCCGUCGUGGGGAGAGGAGAAGAGAAGAGAAGAGAAGAGAUGAAGCCGGUGGUGGGGAUCGUGGUGUCGAACAAGAUGCAGAAGUCGGUGGUGGUGGCGGUGGACCGCCUCUUCCACAACAAGGUGUACAACCGAUACGUGAAGCGCACCUCCAAGUUCAUGGCGCACGACGAGGCCGAGACCUGCAACAUCGGCGACAGGGUUAGGCUGGAUCCUUCUAGGCCGUUGAGCAAGAACAAGCAUUGGAUCGUUGCCGAGGUUCUUCGCAGAGCUAAGAUGUAUGUUGCGCCGCCACCUGCACCAAAAGCUUCUGGUGCUACAACUCAACAAGCUAGCACCAAGUCAUCUGCCUGAAAGAUCCUCAGAGCCCAACACACGGCCUGUUCUUUACUGACUGACAGCAUGUCCGAGAACCAUCUCAUCUCACUGAAUAAACAACGGCUGGUAAAAGCUAGUGGUUUCAAUGGUGCUCAUCAUGUUCAGCUUAUCAGUUUAUUUGUUUGCAAUCCGAAACUUGGUGAUUGGGAAUUAUGUUGGACCCUAUAGCUUCGAGUUUGCCCCAGCAAAAUUCGUAGGUGCAACUUAACCAUUUCCUCAUAAUAGUUAUCCAUACAUGGAGGCGGCCAUGGUGGCGUUCAUGCCGGAGCUGGGGCCGUUCGAUAGCUAGUGUGUUCAUUGUGGCUGCUGGAUUAUUGCCGUGACAUUAAAUAUCUAGCAGAAGAAGUUCAAGCUUGCUCUUUUGUCCUUGUAAAACAUUUGUUGAAUGUACCGCGCCGCACUCGAAUAUAUGCUCUUGGUUAGAUA